AAUUAGAAACAAAAAGGUGCACAAAGUCACAAAACUAUACCACUUCUAAUUACCAAUAUAAAUAUUAACCAUAGUCUCGCUCUCUUCUCUCUCUCGCCAUCCAGCAUACAACAAAGCCUAGUGGCAAAACCGGAGAUAACUAAUACUAAUGUCCAAAGAUUGUGAAAACCACGGUGGUGGCGGAGGAGGAACCGUCAGUAGAAUCUGCGGAGCCAUCAUCGGCUUAAUCAUCAUCGUCUUAAUAGCAAUCCUGCUCGUUUGGCUAAUCCUCCGACCAACAAAACCAAGAUUCAUACUCCAAGACGCCACCGUCUACGCCUUUAACCUCUCGCAGCCUAACCUCCUCAGCUCAAACUUUCAGGUCACAUUAGCUUCACGUAACCCAAACUCCAAGAUCGGAAUCUACUACGACCGGCUUCACGUCUACGCUACUUACAGGAACCAACAGAUCACUCUACGUACGGCUAUUCCUCCGACGUACCAAGGCCACAAAGAAGGCAACGUUUGGUCUCCUUUCAUAUAUGGAGACGCCGUUUCCGUCGCUCCUUUCAACGCCAUGGCUCUGGACGACGAGCAGAACGGAGGGCUAGUCUCGUUGAUUAUACGCGCCGAUGGACGCGUGAGGUGGAAGGUCGGGACUCUUAUCACUGGUAAGUAUCAUCUCCAUGUCCGUUGUCCGGCAUAUAUAAAUCUGAAUGAUAAAGCCGCCGGAGUUCAUGUCGGCGAAAAUGCCGUUAAGAUGGUCACUGACGCAGCUAAGUGCAGUGUCAACGUUUAGGCAAACAGGACACAAACCUUGACGCCGUUGAAAAGUUUGCUAUCACUCUUUACUUCUUCUUCUGUUCAGUUUUCUUCCUACUGAGGAUGAUGUUUUUGCUUUUAUAUGGUUUAUAUUUGUAUACCCUUUUGUUUAUGCUGAUCUUCUCGUAAAUUAUACUGUCAUGACACUAUAGUUUGUAUACAAAGUAUUCUUGUUAGAUUUU